CUCUUCUCCAAAAAAAAUUAAAAAAAAUAAAUAAAAACUUCUCUUUAUCGUUCUUCCUUGUAAAUUUCUUUUUUCAAAGAAAAAAAAAAUAAACAUCUCUUUUUCUUGUCAGUCAGAGAAAUUAUUGAAAUGGGUAUUUCUGAGAAGAAAACCAUGAAAAUUAUUAUGUUGUGCCUCUGGCUGGCGACGAUCUCCUUAAUUUGUGGCCAAAUUUCUGCUAACUUGCCAAAAUUUGAGCAUCCCACAAAAGGUGAUGGAACUCUCAGAUUUUUGGUUAUUGGAGAUUGGGGAAGAAAAGGAGAGUAUAACCAAUCUCAUGUUGCAGCUCAGAUGGGAAGAAUUGGAGAAGAAUUAGAUAUAGAUUUUGUAAUUUCAACAGGUGAUAAUUUCUAUGAUAAUGGAUUGCAAGGGGAGACUGACCCCAACUUUGUUGAAUCUUUUACCAACAUUUACACAGCCAAAAGCCUCCAAAAACCGUGGUAUACUGUUUUAGGCAACCAUGAUUACAGAGGUGAUGCAGUUGCACAAAUGAGCCCCAUUCUUCAGAAAAUUGAUAGUAGAUGGCUUUGUUUGAGGUCUUUUGUGGUUAAUGCAGAAGUUGCAGAGAUAUUUUUGGUGGAUACCACUCCUUUUGUGACUGAUUAUUUCAUAAACCCAGAACAUGUAUAUGAUUGGCGUGGUGUCGUCCCUUCAAAAAGCUACACUAGCUAUGCGUUAAAGGAUCUUGAGAUAGCUUUGAAGGAAUCAAGGGCAAAAUGGAAAAUAGUGGUGGGCCAUCAUGCUAUUAGAAGUGUGGGCCAUCACGGUGACACUACAGAGCUUGUAAAUCUCCUUCUUCCGGUGCUUCAGGCCAAUGGCGUCGACUUCUACAUGAACGGCCACGACCAUUGUCUCGAACAAAUCAGUGACGACAAAAGUCCUAUUGAAUUUUUGACGAGCGGGGCCGGGUCAAAGGCUUGGAGGGGUGAUGUUAAAAAUCUGAGUCAUGAAAACCUAAAAUUCUUCUACGAUGGGCAAGGGUUCAUGUCAGUUCAACUCACAAAUAGUGAUGUGGAAAUUACAUUUUAUGAUGUAUAUGGUAAGGUUUUACACAGGUGGAGUAGGUCCAAGCAGCUUCUUUCAGAUAUGUAAAUUUUUAUGAGGUAGAUUAUUAUGUGAAAAAAAGAAAAAGAUAUAAAUCGGAGUCAUAUUUAUAUGUAUAGAUUUUUAAUUUAAUUAUGAUUGUCAUUCUGAAAAAGAAGAAGAAAUAUAUAGUAGGUUGUAAAAUGCGUAAAGCAUCAGAAUGUGUUUUGUAUAUUAUGUUGAUAAAAAUUAUAAGAAGCAGAUGUAUUAUUAUUAUUAUUA